AUGAUAAUAGAUAUGCAUCACAAAGUUAGAUUCAAGUAUUUUGCUGAAAAGUACAGGAUUCCAUUUCUGAAGUGCUGUUCUCUUUUGUGCACAACUGUGAGUAACGAAGAGGAAGCUAAAGUAGACAAGUCGUCGGCUUGCCGAAUUCCACCAAAGUUGGGUUAUUCAAGAGUACUUGGCUGUAGUGCAUCACAGAAAGAAAACAAAUUUGGCAUAAUCGUGCUAAUUCCGCAUUUGAUGCUCCUAAGUGAUGAUGAUGAUGGUGAUGAUGAUGGCAGGAGGGAUGAGUGCAAAUCGGGCUCAAAAGGGACUAAACCAAUUUACAUUUAUUUUUGUAAAAAAUACAAAAUGACUUUCAAAGUGGCAGAAGAGUGUGAUAAUAAUGACUGCAUAGUAUUUGGAGACUACGCAACUCAUGGCGGCAAUAAAUAG